AUGGUGGCUCAACGUCAAAAGGGGUCGCAGACUUCUACAGGUGGCUCUUCUCAAAAUAAGGCCUCGGAAUCUCACCAAGAGAAAAAGUACACCCAUUGGGAGGAGACAAACAUACUCAUGUUGGCUAUUUCGAGAAUAGGAGCAAAUCACUCAACAAAUCUUGUAAGUCCUGUUGUUCCAGCUACACCGGCUCAUGCAUCUGCCUCUAUAACCACGACAGGAGCGACUGACCAUAUGACAUUUGAUCCUAGAAAAAUUACCUCUCAUACAUCAUCUCCUCAAUCGGUGGUGUCUAAUGCUAAUGACAUCCUCGGUAGCAAGACGAUUGGUUGUGGUACUAAGAGGGACAAACUCUACUACUUGGACUUGGCACCUGAUCGUGAAGCCAAAGUCGGUCAGGCUUUCAAUAUGGGUGGGAGCUAG